CCGGGGCGGGGCCUGGGGGGGGAUCUUCCCGUGUCGCCGGGCCCCGCCGGGUAGUCUGGGACGCGCCGCCGCCAUGAUUAUUCCCGUGCGUUGCUUCACCUGUGGCAAGAUCGUCGGUAACAAGUGGGAAGCCUACCUGGGGCUCCUGCAGGCCGAAUACACCGAGGGGGAUGCCCUGGACGCCCUGGGCCUGAAGCGCUACUGCUGCCGCCGGAUGCUGCUGGCCCACGUGGACCUCAUCGAGAAGCUGCUCAAUUACGCGCCCCUAGAGAAGUGACGUUGCCGGAGCCCGCCCGCCUGCCAUGCCAACCAUGGGCUGUGAUCGUCCUGCCCCGAGUUCACAAGACUGAGGCAUCUAGGGAUGCCUGGCUGCAGCGUGUGGAUUGUGUCCUGUCCCCAACUCUGGAAGGAACCAUCCAGUAAAGGUCUUUUAGAACCACCAAGGUCCCAGCCCUCACUAGGAUGUCAGGGGCCGGGACUGGGCCCAACUCUCACACUGCAGCAGCCCAGAGAAGCAGGCAGGACCCCUGCUAGCCCCGGGUCAGCCUGUUCCAGUCACCCCUGAAGGAGGCAUGGCCAGGAGAGUCUUCCACUUUGGGGCUGUUGGAGGCCCCUGGGUUCUGGGAGCUCUUGAGGCCAAGCACAGAGGCUCCUGUACCCUCUCUCUUGGAAUCUGAGGAACAGGAUCUAGGCCGGGCAAGGGGGCUCCCCCUAUAAUGCUUGCACUUUGGGAGGCUGAGGCAGGAGGAUCACUUGAGUCCAGGAAUUGAAGACCAGCCUGGGCAUCCUAGUGAGCCCCCAUCUCUACAAAAAAAUGUAAUAAAUGAGCUGGUACAGCCUUGGCA